CAAGAAUUGUUCACGAUGGUUUCCAGGGGGAACCACGUGGAGGUCGACCUGAUAGGGCAUAUUGCUAGCAAUGUCGAACUCCAUUGCUAACAAUACAAUGCCAUAGAGUCCCGGCAUAGUAUAGGCCAUCCCUAUCUUUCCCGUAAGAGGCGACUAAGGAAGAGCAAGAGAUAGGCAACAUCAUCCCUCUUAAAAUAUCUACAAAAUCUAACUGCGGUUGCCAAACCGUAUGCCAAGUGUGGCAACUACUGGUAAAAUCCUGCAAGAGAGAAGCUUUUGCAGUAUUGGACAGUUAAUAAGUUAAGGUACUUGCGUGUCAUAUUUUUCUAUCAAAUUAUUUACUUAUUUGCAACUCCUAAUGAUACAAAUAACAAAAUAAAAAAGUACCGCGCUCUAUGAAACAGCCGCGAUAGACUAUAAUAAAAAUACUACAAAAAAUUAUGUUUACAACGAUGGAGUCUUGUUAAGGAGAUCUGGUAACGUCAUUCUUGGAAAUAAACUUAUAUUAAUGACGGCAUUAACGCUAUAAAUAGAUUAUUUGCGUAGUCGAAAUGCGCACCAACUUUCCAGCAGAAAUUAAUUUACAAGAACUUGGCAAACACACAUUUUCACACUUACAAAAUUAUUCCUUCUUAGUGACAAUACUCGUUUUAUUGCAAUUUUAGAACCAGAGGGAGACUUUGUACAAAAGUCGAUUGCUUAGGUACCUCUGUCCUAUUCGUGGUUCAACCGUGAAGAAGUUAUGUUUGCAUGGCUGUGUUACGGUUUGAAGGGUGGGAUAUGGCGUGAAUUUACUGGAUACAGAGGAAUAACAUCUGAGUCCUCAGGAAUGGCAACGCAUGGGGGGUAUCAUGGGUGAAACAGUAUACUCUGUUAUGUCCAUGGUACUGCUCAUGUGUAUAGGCGAUGGUUACCACUUUCCAUCAGGUGGGCCGUCAGCUUGUUUGCCAUUCUAAAUUGUAUAAAAAAAAAUCUAAAUCGUGUUAUAUCGUAUUCGCCUUUAACUGUCCACUGCUGAGCAUAUGCCUCUUCCAUAAAGGAAAGUUUUCCCAGUAGUUGCCAUACUUGGCAGAUGGGUUGGCUACCGCAGUUUGGUGUUGGUGAUGGUUUAAGAGAUACGCUGCAACCCAAUACUCGAUCAUAGAACUCGGGGUUUAACAGCCCCAUUGCUAGCAAUACACCCUAUCAGGUCGACCUCCACGCAGUUCCCUUUGGAAACUAUUAUAGUUAAAUCUUGUUCAAUUGGUCAAUAUGGGCCAACUGACCUGCCUUCAUCCUCACCUGUUACCCUUCACUGGUACACCGCCAGCGUACUUCGACCAGCGCAGGCGGGAAUACCAUUUCAUCAUCAUCGUUUAAAAAAAUGCCUCUGACUAUCUCAUUAUAGAUUAUAGUCGUGAGCAUAUUGAUUAUCGACUUAAUACGAACAUUGAUCAAAGAAACUAAAAUCAAAAUAUAGAACAACAAAUCCUCAUCAAUAUAAAUUGGCAUAUUACAAGCCAUGUCUAAAUGUCAGUCUGUCUCUGCCAAAUGUUAGCCAACGUCUGUGUACUGGCACACGUCCAGGCGAAAUGUCUGCUCCAAACGGCACACUCUUAAAAUAAAAUACAAACUAUAGAUAAUUACUGUAUGUUUCGGAAGCGGGUUUCGCCUCGAUUUUAUGUGAAAGUGUUAAUUGUUUGUGAAUGAAAUCCCUUUGAGGACAAAUUGCCAAAGUACAAGACAAAAUGAGCACCGUACAGAUAAGGCCAAAUGUGAAAUUAGCGAAACUAUUUUAUAAAUACGCAGAAGAACAGAAAGAGAAGACCGAGCCAAAGGAAUCGAGAAACACUGAGCCGGUUCAAGAGAAGGAUUACGAGUCCUAUCCGCCUUAUAACUUCUCAUGGUUCGUAGAGAACAAAAUAGCCGCAAUGGGGUGGCCGCAAACGGUCGCCAAUCUCAACUACUUAGCGGACGUCGGAGUUAAUCAUUUGGUGACACUGUCACCGGAGAGGAGACCGCCGAUACUCGAAUGCGAGAGGAAAUUAAAGUGGACAGAGAUAAGAAUAAAAGAGUUCGGUGCGCCGACGCUAAAGCAGAUAUUGAAAUUUAUUGAAAUAUGCGAACGAGCAGCUAUAAGGGGGGAGGUAGUAGGCGUGCACUGCCGCCAUGGCCGCGGCCGCACCGGCACCAUGCUCGCUUGCUACCUCGUAUACUUCCAGAAUAUGGCACCAGAGCGCGCUGUGCUCACUGUCAGGGUACAGAGGCCCGGCUCCUGUGAAACUUAUGAACAAGAAAAAAUUGUAUGUCACUAUCAUGAUUGCGUCCGUGGCACUAUAACGAAGCCCGACUACCGCUUAGUUGAAGACAAGCUUUACUUCGACUGCUCCAUGAAAUACAUGUACGACGAGGACCAAGAAUCACAAGAUGGCGACGAUGAAAAACAAGAUGGCGGCUGCGAAGUCAAUUUAAAAAAGAGCGACUUAAAUAAAAAAGUUGAAGCAUUAAAAUUGGAGAAGAAAAAAAAGGCAAUGGUUAUAAAUCAUAAAAUUUAUUUUUAAAUAUGUAUUCAAGUUACAAAAAUUAAGUUGUUGUAAGAAACUGAGCAAUUGUAAUUUAGAUUUUUAUAUCACAAAUACAGAUUCAAUAAUGAAAUUAUGCAAAAAUCACAUGUAAUCUGCUACAAACAAUUAUAAAAACUUCCUGACCUUUUUCUUAUUAAUCCAUUAAGUGCCAUCAAUCAUCGUGAUGGCACAUCAAUCACCAGUAAAUUUUCAAAACAAUUUUGAUUUUCUUUAUUUAAAUAUAAAUAACUUAACAUGAACUGCGAAUUCUAACUCCUUACUAAUCAUACUAUUUGUUACUUUUAUAUACAUAAAUAUAAACAUUU